UCAAUCAGGCACAUGAAGGACAGCCUGUCGGAUUUGGCACAUGUGUUCCAGGACCCAAGAUGUCCAUGCUUGCUGAGCCUCGCCGGAAGCAGAAGUGGUCUGUGGACCCGAGGAACAGCACGUGGAGCAAUGAUGAGUCCAAGUUCGGCCAGAAGAUGCUUGAGAGAAUGGGCUGGUCUAAAGGCAAGGGUCUUGGUAAGAGUGAGCAGGGUGCGACAGAACACAUCAAGGUUAAAGUGAAGAACAACAGCUUGGGUUUAGGAACCGCAAUCAACAACGAGGAUAACUGGAUUGCUCAUCAGGAUGAUUUUAAUCAGCUUCUUGCCGAACUGAACAGCUGUCAUGGACAGAACAACACUGAAGAUUCGACCCCCGAACAGACACAAGGUUUCAGUUUGGAAGAGAAAUCCAAGACCUCUAAAAAAAGGGUGCAUUACAUGAAGUUUACCAAAGGAAAGGAUCUGUCUAGUCGCAGUCAAACAGACCUCGCUUGCAUCUUCGGUAAAAGAGCCAAGCAGAUAGGAAAUCAGGAUGAGGCAAGCAAUAGUACUGAUUCUCAGGAGGAGAAAGAGCAGGACAGCGAUGACAAGGAUGGUUCAUCAAACCCAGAGGCUGAGCUCAACACCGUGACCAGUACUCUGACCAUGCAGGAGUACUUUGCGCAGCGGAUGGCUCAGUUAAAGAAAGGUCGCGCUCAGAACCAGUCCUCCUCUUCCACUCCUGAAACCAACGGCAACCCACAAUCCCAGUCAACACCAACCCAAUACACCGAGGACUCUCCCAACACAUGCGACUUGGAGCAGAGCAAAAAAAGGAAGAAAAAGAAGAAAAAGGAUCGCAAGCACGACCAAGAAGAAGACAACGAAAGGGUGGAAGAAACCGAGGUAGCCCCAGUGACAGAAGAGGUUACUGUAGAGCAGACUAUAUCGGACAGCAAGAAGAUGAAGAAGAAAAAGAAGAAAGAACAACAAGCUAGAGAGAAGGAUGCAGUUGAGGAGUACGCUGAAAUAGUAGCAAAACAAGAUACAGCUGGGGAACUGGUGGCCCUUUCUACAGAGAAAAAGAAGAAAAGGAAAAACAAAGAAGCACCUACUCACACACCUACAGAAUUAACUAAAGCAGAUGAUGAAGCAGAUAACAUCACAGAUGCUGAGGUUUCAGAUAAAAAGCAAAAGAAGAGGAAGCAGAGAGAACAGGAAGAAGAGCAGACAGAAGUAGUCGCUGGAAAGAAAUCCAAAAAGGACAAGAGAAAAAAGAAAAACUAAAAAAUAUGGCUUUAUACUUGAUUGGGUUUAGUUUUUUCCAAUAAACUGAACAGCAGAAAUUGAGCAUUUAAAAACACAUUCUACAGCUCAUUCAGUCAUGCUUUGAUCAUGUCUUGCUAUAGAAAAUCCCUUUUGUGAAGCAAAUAUUAUCAAUGUAUUAGCAGAUUUUUUUUAUAUCACUUUUGCAUGUGAACAUCAAAUUAUACACUUUGGUCAAUGCCAUUUAAAUGUCUCAAUUGUGUUUUUGCUCCAAGUGUAAUUCAAAAAAACUCCACCCAACCCCUGCUGAAGGUUUUUAAAAAUCAUAAAUCAUUGUCUAUGCCUUAUUAAAUGUAUACAGGCAUAGGGGAAAGGUGUCAUCCCCAUGCAGCAAUCUGAAUCAAUUCUCAGUUUUCUUUGUUUUUUUAAAAUAGUCCUGCAUCCUCUUUCUUACUGUCAUAGUUUUCCUCUUCCUGGUGUGAUGUAUGAAGCUGCUGACAGAUUGUAGCCCACACUUAAGGGUUUUAAAAUACAUACCUCACCCAUGAAAAAGCUGAUGAGCAGUCACAUCCAAAUAUAAUACCAGAGGGGUUUUUUUUGCCUUAAUGUAAAAUUUGAACCUCCUAUGGGCAGCAUAAAUAUGAUGCUUAAUUUAGAUCAGUUCUUUCCAUAAUCUGGCAUUUGUUUAAUUUCCAGGCCUGUAAAUAGAUUACCACUAUUGAUUCAAUCACUGAUUAAAUGCACGUUUCACAUCUGUACAUUUACUAGGUCUGGAAACAAUUGCCUGCUUGUCACUCGGUGAUAUGACGGUACUUGAAUCAUAAAAAGUUAUGGUGCUAUGAUUUAGACUGUAUGCAUUUUACACAUGGGAUAAUAAUAAAGAAAAAUGUCAACCAGUUUGA